ACAAGAAGCGGAAAGCGUCCCUCACGAAGGAAGAAACGGAAAGCCGAACCCCCUCCCCCUCCCCCUCCGCCCUUUCUCUCGGUUUUCUCUUCGAUCGGAUCGCUUCGCAACACUGAUGCCUUCGUUCCACAGCUCGAUUCGAUCGCUAAUCUCUUCUCUCUGAGAGGUUUUUCUUCUGCGAUGGAGGUCGAAAUCCAGAAGAGGAACAUCGAUUGCGUCUAUUUCUUAGCCUCUCCUUUCACCUGCAAGAAGGGGAGUGAAUGUGAGUAUCGCCAUAGUGAGAUUGCCAGACUCAAUCCUACAGAUUGCCGGUACUGGUUGAAUGGAAAUUGCCUUAAUCCAAACUGUGCUUUCCGACACCCACCAUUAGAAGGCCUAACAGAAACUCUAUCUGAGUCAGUUCCCUUACCAUCCUACAGUUCUGUCCCCACAAGCAAGUCAAAUGUUUCAUGUUACUUCUAUUUUAAUUCAUACUGCAUUAAAGGCGAUCAUUGCCCUUUUCUGCAUGACAUUUUGCCUGCUCAGAAAGUUCCGGCAACUGCUUCUGAAGCUGCCAGCUUCCAUUCAGUGGAACAGAAAACUUCUACUGAAAGUGAUACUGGACCAGCAUCACUGGAGGUGCCUGCAAAUCUGUUGGAGGGCACACCUGAGCUGAUCAAACAAUGCCUGGCUAAAGAGGCUUUCCAACAACAACCUCUGGAGGAAAGGAGCCCCUCUGUAGAGUCAUCAGUUCCAGAGUGCGAGAAACCUGCUAUUAAGUUGUCGGACAGUCUGCUUCCUUCUGUGGAUUAUGUAAAUCUUGAUGCACAUCUUUGCCAAGAUCAGAGUUCUGAGGACCUAGUGAAAGAAUGCACUGAAGCAGAUGAGUGGUGGGAAUCCUCCCCAGGAUUUGAUGUGCUUGUAGAUGAUGGAUCAGAGCCAUUGGCAUAUGAGGAUAAUGCUGACUACCUGUUAGCUCAGGAAACUGAGGAAAGGCAGUCCAAUAUUCUUCAUGGUCAUCAACUCCAGCAUGAUUUUGAAAGUUCUGCUGGUUAUGACCCUAGAGAUUACCCUGAUGCUGGGCAUAUGUACGAGCAUGGCAUCUAUGAUUCUUAUGAUUAUCUGGAUAGGUAUAAUCCUGAGUAUUUUGAAAGGACUCCUGAGUACUAUAGGGAGAGGAUCCUGGAGCCAAUGUUUCAUCAGAGAAGGAAACUGCCUCAUAGGGCACAUGGAGUGGCUGCUAGUGAUGGUUUGGAUCUUCGGGACCACCUGAGGAAGCAUAGGAGGAUGGAUUUGUAUCAGGCUCUUUGUGACUCUUGGAAUCUCCAUUCCCAUCGAAGAAGAGGUCACAGCAGAGAAUGUCUUGUCUGGCAUAAGAUGGCCCGGUAUCCAGGCAGGUUUGCUUCUGAAGUGGGAAAAAAUAUGACCAUCUCAUCACAUGGCAAGUCUGGGUCUACAUUGAAUGAUCACCGCCGACAUGGUUGGUUAGGAGAAUAUCCACGGUCUAGUAGGCAUUCUCGAUCAAAGCAAAAGGAGAGGGAGGCUCAAAGAAGGAAACAUUGGAAGCCUCUUCCCACCCUCUACUCUGAGAUUUCACGAGGCUCAGCUUCAAAGAAGGUAAAAUCCCAGCCAGUAAUUGCUGCUAAUUUCAGUGGACCAAAGACACUUGCAGAGAUAAAAGAAGCGAAGAGCAGAGCCAAGACAAAUGGUGACGGCUCUGAAGGUUGCAUGCCUCGGCAUUUGAGGAGGCCCAAUUCUGAAGACUUUGAGGGCCCCAAAUCUUUGAAUGAACUUCUCAAGGACAAGAGAAAACCUGUAUCAAUUGGUGGCAAUAUAAACAGCCCCACCAAUCCAACAGCAAAGCAACAACCUAAGCAUAUCAUUUCUCAGGUUGAGAGGGAAGUUAGUAAUGGAUGUUUCGAUGACACCUGUUAUCACAAAGCUAGUGAGAAACAGGAUAGGGCCCAUGACAGCAGUUCUUUUGAUGUUGACAGGGAGGAGGAUGGUCUCCAUGAAAAGCUUGCUUGCAUACUUGCUCAGUAGAUAUUGGGUUGUUGUGAGUGGUGAUUUACCUCAUCUAUCAUCGAGUGUGGUAGAGUAUACUUUCUGAAUGCAUGGACAUAACCUUGUUAAAGUGUUCUCUUCAGCCUUUUCCAAUUUUGUGUAGAGAAUGAGCAUCAGUGUACAUCUUGUAUGCACUCAUGCAGUUUUUGAAGUAAAUACCAUACUAGUAAAUACCAUACUUUCAUCUGUUUUGUUUGUGGAGCUAUUUAACAGGAUCUAUUGGCUGUGGUUUCCGAUCACAUUCAAC